AGCGGCCCAGAUGAUCUACUACCAUUGGAAAGGCCAUCUCCUUUGUUCCCCUCAUCGUUUCGUCUUUUCACCUCCAUCAUGGAAAACGUUUACAAUUUCAUCUCCGUCACCGUUUCACCCGUGUUAUUCAUGCUCAAUCUUGCCUGCAAAGUCCAACGACGGCUAAAGGCACGCCCAUGGCCACUAGAAAACAAGGUCGUGCUCAUCACUGGCGCUUCCUCUGGGAUUGGAGAAGAGAUUGCUUACGAGUAUGCCCGUCACGGGGCACGAAUUGUGCUUGCGGCCAGACGUGAACAGGAAUUGCAGAGGGUUGAACUAAAAUGUCGUGAACUGGGUGCCAAAGAGGUUUUAUCAGUGCCUACUGACGUGGGCGAUGAAGCGCAGGUAGCAAACCUCAUCCAAAAGACCCGUGAAGCAUUUUCGUCCCAACUCGAUGCGCUCUACGUUAAUGCCGGGUUAUCAAUGGGAGAACCUUUUGAAGCCUUCCAAGAUCUAUCCGUCUUUCGGACCUUGAUGGAAGUCAACUACUUUGGGUGCAUCUCCGUAACCCACCAAGCUCUCCCCCUGUUAAAGCAAACCCCCCAAUCACGGAUCGUCGUCACAUCCUCUGUAGCAGGAUUGGCGGGUAUACCCAGUCGAACAGGUUAUUGUGCCACCAAGUUUGCGGUGAGAGGGUUCUAUGAAGCGCUUCAAAGCGAACUUUACGAUCAAGGUGUAUUUGUCACGCUUGUCUACCCCGGCGCCGUCGUGACCAAUAUCAAUGCAACUCGGUUAGGGUCCGGUCCGGCGGAUUUGGAUAUGAAAGGUGCCAUGACUGCGGAAACAUGUGCAAAGUUGAUGGUGAAGGCGACCAAACAGGGACGGAAGGAGCUCGUUAUGACCCACAAAUUCAAGUUGGGACGCAUGUGGGAAGGAAUGGUGCCCGAUCUGUGGGCUUUACUUGUCCGCAGGGGUGCAAAGAAAGCCUUCAAAGAAAAGUCUCAGUAGGUAGUUUACCUUGGGUUGUGUUGCAGGAGGAACAUAUCGAAAUCUACCUGUACAUAUUGCGUGAAUAAGACAAAAACACUCUAGUUCAAAAAGCUUCACAAUGUGAUAAACACA